GAUAAUAAAAUUUGCGCAAGCGUGAUUAUGAUUCUUGAUAGGUAUCAAAUAAAUUUUUCAUUCGUUAAUAUUUUUGUUGACAUUACUAUAAAAUCUCAAGUUGGCAGGAGAGGUUUCUAUAAGAGCAAAUAAUUUCUUUUUAAAAAUGAUUGAAUUUAAUGAUAAAAAAAUCAAUAAUAAAACACCUGAAGAAAUUGGAUUGGAUUCAUCAACAUCACAAAUUGUAACAUGUGAUUGUAUUGAAAUAUCAGAAGCAUCAUUAAACAAUGACAAUGAACGUGCUGGUUGGGAAAAUAAAUUUGAUUUUUUAUUUAGUUGUAUAAGUGUCUCGGUGGGUUUAGGAAAUAUUUGGAGAUUUCCAUAUUUAUGCUACAAAAAUGGUGGUGGUGCAUUUAUAAUAACAUAUAGUAUUGCUAUGAUUUUUUGUGGUAUACCAAUAUUUUUUCAAGAAGUUGCUAUUGGACAAUAUCUCGGAACAAGUGGAAUUAAUUUAAUCGGUCAACUUUGUCCAAUUUUACAAGGUGUUGGAUAUGCCACAAUGACAAUUGUUUUUUUUCUCAAUAUAUAUUAUUGUAUAAUAAUUGCUUGGACUAUUUUCUAUUUAAUAAGUACAUUUAGCCAACUUCCAAAUUUACCAUGGAGCAAUUGCAAAAAUUAUUGGAAUACUGAUAAUUGUUAUACAUUAAAUAUUUCAUUAUUAAAUACUAAUAAUAAUGGAAAUCAUACUUCAUCAGUUGAAGAAUAUUGGGAACGACGUGUUUUAAAUGUUACAAAUGGAAUUGAUAAUAUUGGUAAAAUACAGUGGGAAUUAUUGACUUGUUUAACAAUUGGUUGGAUAAUAAUUUAUUUAAUAAUUCGUCGUGGUAUUCAUCAAAGUGGAAAAAUCAUAUGGUUUACAGCAUUAUUUCCAAAUUUUGUAUUGAUUAUAUUACUAAUAAGAGCUGUAACAUUAAAAGGUGCAAUUAUUGGUAUUAAAUAUUAUAUAACACCAAAAUGGGAAGUACUUUUAACAUCUGAACCAUGGAUUGAUGGUGCAACACAAAUUUUUUUUGCCUACAGUAUUGGAACUGGUGCAUUGCCAGCUCUAGGAUCAUUCAAUAAAUUUCAUCAUAAUUCUUUCAAAGAUGCAAUGAUAACGUGUAUUGUCAAUACAUUAACAUGCCUAGUUGCUGGAUGUGUUACAUUUUCGAUUCUAGGACAUAUUGCACAUGAACAAAACACAGAUGUAUCAAGUGUUGUUAAAAGUGGACCAGGUCUUGUUUUUUCAACAUAUCCACAAGUUAUAUCAAAAAUACCUGGAUCACCAAUUUGGGCUGGAAUAUUUUUUUUCAUGCUAAUUAUGCUGGGCAUUGACAGUGAAUUUUGUACUGUUGAAGCAUUUAUAACUGGAAUUAUUGACAAUUGGCCAAAUAUAUUACGACAACAACGAAAUAAAUUUACACUUAUUAUUUGUUGUUUAAUGUUUAUCCUAGGAAUUCCAAUGGUAACUCAGGGUGGUGUUUAUAUAUUUCAAUUAAUGGACACGUAUUCUGCAAGUGGUAUAUCAAUACUUUGGGUUUGUUUUUUUCAAACAAUUGCAAUAUCAUGGAUAUUUGGAACAAAACAAUUUACAAAUUGUAUUUAUAAAAUGAUGGGAAUUGAGCUUAGUAAAUUUUGGUCAUUUUGUUGGCUAAUUUUUGCACCAGUUAUAAUGAUUUGUAUAUUUAUAUUUCAAUGUAUUGAAUUGAAACCAUUGAAAUAUGGAGAUUUUUAUGAAUACCCAAUUUGGUCUCAGGUUAUUGGGUAUUUAAUUAGUUUGUCGUCAAUGAUUUGGAUACCGGGUUAUGUAAUUUAUUAUGUUACCACCGAGCCACAAUCAAUCAAAAAGAAUUUUUUAAAAGGAUUGAAAGCGAAUAUUUCAAAGUCUCGAGGUAAAGAUUCAUCGAAAAAUAAAAUUAUUAUUCCAAUAUCGGAAAGUAAUGAUGAAUUAAUUACACAUAAUCAUAGCUUUUCAAGUCAACAUAAAUGA